AAUUGCUAAACGGAUUUACAGAUUUUGCUACAAUUGACUGAUGGUGAACUGCAAGUUGGACUCAGAAUUGUUAACCCCAUGCAUCGCAGGAAACUGCGGCUUGCGAUUGAAGAGCAUCGUAAUCCUUCAUUUUUUUUAAAUCCAAAAAUCAGUCUUCUGACCCAUAUUUGGGUAGUGGAAGAAUGGUUACCAAGUUUAGGCUUAGCUAUGUACAGUGAACAUUUUAAGUCGCAGCUUGUAGAUGGGAGGGUCUUAGAUACACUUACCAAGAAAGAUCUGGAAAAACAUCUCCAUGUGUGUCGGAAGUUUCACCAAGUUAGCGUGAUACAUGCUAUUCACUUACUACGUUUAGUGAAGUUUGAUAAACAGGUAUUAAUACAACGAAGGUCACAUUCUGAACAUAUGGACCUUGACCCAGUAGUAUGGACCAAUCAAAGGUUUAUCAGAUGGGUAAAGAGCAUUGACUUAGCAGAAUAUGCAGAAAACUUGCAAGACAGUGGUGUUCAUGGUGCAUUAGUUGUGCUGGAGCAUUCCUUUACUGCUGAUACCAUGGCUACAGCUUUGGGCAUUCCAACUUCAAAGAACAUUAUACGGAGACACCUAACAACAGAAUUGAAUAACUUAAUUCAGCCAGCCAGAAUGUCAUUAGAAGCAGAAGCAGUCUUUCAGUCUCAGAAGAGUCGGAAGAGGAAUGUGGGACAUUCUUCAGCCAGUCGAACAGGAUCAUUAGGUCAUAGUUUUAUGAGGUCUUACUCCAGAGGAACAUUGGAUAGAUCUGAUAAACGUUAUACCAGCAUGAGGUUUACAACUUGGAAAAGUUCACAGGGAUCCUUGACUCGAGCUUUGGGGUUAAAGAUGAAGCAAGAUCUCCAUCAAUCAAUCAGCUUUCAGUCUUCUCCUCUCACACUUAAAGAAGGUGAUGGCCACAGACGGGUAAAGUCACAAGGAGACAUUGAAACCUUGACUGUUACUCCAGUCUGAAAUAUGGGAAAGUGUUUAAUUUGUUGUAUAAGAAAAGAAAACUUUAUUUAAGAAUAAGAUGAUUGAAUGUGUGAAACGUAUAAUGUUACCAUGGCAACUGCUUUGUAUUAACAAUUACUACUUGAGAACAUAAAAAGUAUAAACAAGUGUCUAUAUGUUGUACAUGUCUAACCAAGUCUGAACAUCUGCCUGUAGGUGGUGAUCUCCUAUUUAGUGCUGAAUAACCACAAGAAAUUACUAUUAUCUUUCAUUUGGGACAACCACGUGUUGUGUUGUAAUCGAGUUUUGAAUUUUAAUUAUAGCACCUUGGUUCUCUGAAAGUGUUGUUUAAAACACUUUAUUAAUUUAAUUUUUUUUCAUUUCUCUUGUGCCAAUGUGAUUUUAGGAAAAAACAUGUUAAUGAUAUCUCUUGAUAUACAUUAACAUAGUUUUAUCAACUCGACAUGUGGUGUGGUGGUAAUUAUUGAAAACACCCUUCCCUGAAGUACAAUAUAUAACGUAAGUACAAACAUACACGAAAUUAAUUUAUGGAUGUGUUUCUAUGGUAGCAAAUGGGUACAGCUUUAUUAUUAUUAUUAUAAAAAUGAAAAUUUGCAAAAUAAUUAACUGUAGCACCUUUAAUUAAUUAAUUAACUGCCAAGUUAUGGGAAAAAACAUUUAGUGGGUAAAAUGUGGACAAUUAAUAUAGUUCCUGUAUGAACAGAAUAUUCAUAGAGUUGUCAUGGUAACUAAAUGUUGUGUUCGUAAACAAUAUUGGUGUAGUCAGAAAGUACUGAACCUAUGAUUUUUGUUGUCAUAGUAACUCAGUGUAGCCUGAGCCAUUGCUGAAAAAAAAGUGAUGAUCAACAGUUAAAUGGACUUGUCCUCAGUCGCUGAAAGCACCUGGUCCUACUUCUAAAGAUUCAACUGAAUGUGUGCUUUUGUUAAAACGAGAGGUCACAUAAUGCUCAAAGUUGUUUUAAUAUGAUCUUGAUAAAAAUGUAUCUUAUUUCAAAUGUAUGUAAAAUAUAACUGUUCGUCUUAAGUUGUUUUUAACCUACCAAAUAGUGAACUUUGACAAUUGAAAAAUAUGAAAGGCUGAUCACGUGGUUUUAUAUGUAAUAAAUAGACGUUUAUCUAUUUGAUACUUGAGCAAAACAAACUCAAUCUGAAACGUGUGUUUCAGAUUCUGUAAACUUUUAAUUACUUCUGUAUUUCAUAUAGGCAUCAAAGAAAGGGAAUUAUAGUUACCAUAAGUUCAAAUGUGAUAAGUCUGUUAGAGAAAAUAAUGGCAAUUUUUCUAUUGUACUUGAAACCAUGUGACAGUUUUAAUUUAAAGUGUCUUCUCAGUAAUUAGAUUUUAAGAAAUGUCACUAAAAUGGGCAAUGAAAAAUAGUUUUUUCUUCGCAAACUUUGUAAAAAAAUGAAUAUGUGGCAUUAAAACACUUCGUUCAAGGAAUGCAACAUUAAAGUGUUAAACCGGUUUUAGAUUAAUAACAUUAAUUUUGGAAAAAGAAUGUUUAGUAAAUGUUACCGUUUAUUUCGCGUAUAAAGUACAGACGGUUGUGUCUUCAUCGAACUUGUAUUUAUGACAGUUUUAUUAUGUAUCAACACUUUUUCCUUCUCUGUUAUAGAGUAUUUGUACCACUGACUGCAAUAGAACAGCAUUAUAAGAAACCAUACAGCUUACAUCGAUUUUAGUCUGAUUAUAAAAGGUUAGAUCAAGUUAAUUGGAAUUGCGUAUUCAGGAGGCAGUGUUGAUUUUUAAGCCUAAACAUACAGUAUACACGUUUAAAAAAAAACAAAAGUUUCGGAAAGCUUCUACCAUACACACACAAAAUGUUUCCAGAACAUAUCUAACUACUUGUGGCAGCCAUUUUGUGACAAAGAAGAUGUUUUUGUGUGAUAUGACACACUUCUGUGAUUGGUUAAAGAUAAAAAGUUCCUGAAACAUGCUCAGUAACACGUCUGUUGAAUGCUGGGUCUUAAUCAUACCUAGCUCAGUGUUCUGAAAUGUUUUUAUAAGCAGAGAAAAAUACACGUCUGUUAAUUUUAAUACUUUUCUGUAAAAUUAUUCAAAACUCCUGAAUUUAAGCUCAUUUUAAAUUUUGUACUCCUAUUUUGUAAAUCUUGAUAAUUAAAAAAUAUAAGGUUAAAAAGAAAACCGAUAAACUUUAAAAAAUGCUCUCUGUUCUUCAUAAAUGUAUUGUAAAUUAAGUGUAAAACAAUACUGGUAUUUUGUUUAUGUGUGUGUGUAUAUAUAUAACUCAUUGAAUAAGACAGGCUAUACUUGUCGGAUAGGACCAGCCAUUAAUAAGACACUCUAAUAGCAUCAGGUAUUCAAGUUUUGAAUUAGUUUGAAUUAAUUUUAAUCGAUUUACUUGUUAUUUUACUUCAGACUAUUGUUUCAUCCAUAUUAUCCAAAAAUAAAUCGAAAAUAUUCGUUUCGGCAUACUGAAAACCAAUGGAUACUGUCAAUGGCUGUCAGAAAAACCAUUUAUGUUUUAGAGUCAAAGUUUCCACAAGUCUCUAUCAAGAGUAAAUUUACAUUUACGUUAAAACUCGCAGUCAUUGCUUAUUUUUGUUGUUGUGUGUGGCCUUCGGUGAUCAGUUAAUAAUUUAUGAAUUCUGAGUUAUCAAUAAAUGUUGUAAAAAAAGCCGUUUCAUGAAAACCUGUUUAUUGUUGUGUUUUAUGUUGUUCUUGUAAAGGAGAAUCAGUAUGAUGGAAAAUAUUUUAUCCAUCAUUUCUGUAUCUUUCGUAUUUUGUAUAUGAUUAUAGUUCCUUAAAACCUAAAUUCUUUCGUCUUGUGACGUCCUCUAGUGAAUUAAAAUAUUGUAGUUGAUCUGAUGUUAUAAAGUAUGAUGAGAAAAAUAAAGAAAUUCAGAAUUUA